GCGCAAUACCUGGCUGAUGUGUGUUCUCAAUGGAGGCCCUGGGCUUGACAAAUAAUUUGCGAGAGAUCAUAUCAAGUUAACAACUAUCUGCUACUUCCAUAAUGUCCUCGGAUUCCGUCGUGCCAACCAAGUUUGUGGACUCUUUGUCCACUCUACAAGAGCUGCUCGACUCCCUCAAGGUGAUCCCUGAUUCAUCACCUCCGCUUUUCAUUGAUCUAGAGGGGGUAAACCUAGGUCGCAAUGGCUCUAUCUCCAUCUUGUCUCUCUACGCUGUGCACAAAGGAACAAUCUACCUCGUUGAUGUGCACACGCUGGAGGAAGCCGCGUUCUCCAGUCCUCAGCCCGGCCAAGAUACGUCCUUACGAGCCAUUCUGGAAUCACCAAGCAUAAAGAAGGUCUUAUUUGACGUCCGUAAUGAUUCGGAUGCACUGUUCAGCCACUACAAUAUCUCUCUCGCUGGAGUGCAAGACCUACAGCUGAUGGAGCUCGCCACGAGAAUAGGAUCAAAGAAGUACAUCGCAGGCUUAGCCAAGUGCAUCGAGAGGCACAGCCCUAUGUCGGGCCUCACAAAGGCGGAAUGGAAAAGACGAAAGGACGAAGUCAGCAAGUUAUUCGAUCCUCGCAAGGGCGGUAGCUACAGCGUUUUCAACGAGCGUCCCAUGGCACCGGAGGUUAGAGAUUACUGCGCUGCAGAUGUCGCCCAUCUUCCUGGUCUAUACAAUUACUACCAGAGAAUCAUGACCCCGGCCUGGAGAGCCAGAGUGCAAAACGCAACGAACGAUCGCAUCAGGCUCUCACGUGAACCUGAAUACGAUGGGCAGGCAAGUACCAAAUUGGUCUACCAUGAUUUCCCUCAUGACUAUUACAUAGCAGCAGCUUUUUCUGUGGAGUUACUUGCCUCGGACAUGGGAAAAUAUCUGGAGGUGCAAGAACUUAAGUACAAGACAUAA